AUGCUUGGGACUGUAGAGGUGGCUCAGCCAUUGGAAGCACCUCAGCUUCCUGCACUGCCCCCCACCCCACCCCCAGCCUUGUUUGAUAGAUUGAACUUCCUGCCCCACCAGAGGAAGUGGGGAGCAACACCAGGUGCAGCGACAACCAGCAGAGCCAUGGACAAGGAAUAUGUGGGUUUUGCUGCCCUCCCCAACCAGCUGCACCGCAAGUCUGUCAAGAAGGGGUUUGACUUCACACUCAUGGUGGCAGGCGAGUCAGGCCUCGGGAAAUCCACUCUCAUCAACAGCUUGUUCCUCACCAACCUCUACGAAGAUCGGCAGGUGCCAGAUGCCAGUGCACGUACCACGCAAACUCUGACCAUCGAGCGCCGGGGCGUGGAGAUCGAGGAGGGAGGCAUCAAGGUGAAGCUGACCUUGGUGGACACGCCGGGCUUUGGGGACUCUGUGGACUGUUCAGACUGCUGGCUGCCCGUGGUCCGAUUCAUUGAGGAGCAGUUUGAGCAAUACCUCAGGGAUGAGAGCGGCCUCAACAGGAAAAACAUCCAGGACUCCAGAGUCCACUGCUGCCUCUACUUCAUCUCACCCUUCGGCAGAGGGCUCCGCCCCCUGGAUGUGGCUUUCCUCCGGGCAGUGCACGAGAAGGUCAAUGUUAUCCCAGUCAUUGGCAAAGCAGAUGCCCUGAUGCCUAGGGAAACUCAGGUUCUCAAGCAGAAGAUCCGGGACCAGUUGAAGGAGGAGGAGAUCAACAUCUACCAGUUCCCAGAAUGUGACUCUGAUGAGGAUGAAGAAUUCAAGAAGCAGAACGAAGAGAUGAAGGGAAGCAUCCCUUUCGCGGUGGUUGGUUCAUGUGAAGUGGUGAGGGAUGGCGGAACCCGACCAGUGAGGGGACGCCGCUACUCCUGGGGUACCGUGGAAGUGGAGAAUCCACAUCACUGCGAUUUCCUAAACCUGAGGCGGAUGCUGGUACAGACCCACCUUCAGGACUUGAAAGAGGUGACCCACGAUCUGCUCUACGAGGGCUAUCGGGCUCGCUGCCUACAGAGUCUGGCUCGACCUGGGGCCCGGGACCGAACCAGCCGCAGCAAGCUUUCCCGGCAGAGUGCCACGGAGAUCCCACUGCCCAUACUGCCUCUAGCCGACACUGAGAAGUUGAUUCGCGAGAAAGACGAAGAGCUGCGCCGCAUGCAAGAAAUGCUGGAGAAGAUGCAAGCUCAGAUGCAGCAGAGCCAGGCUCAGGGCGAGCAGUCAGAUUGUCUGUGAGAUCCUCACCGCCGCCCAACCUAGCAUCGGCUCACCGCCAAUCUCCGGUCCCGUCGGGCUCUAGACUGCCCAGUGUCCAAUCCUAGAGGAUAGGUCCGCCCUUGCACUUGAAACAGGUCCCUCCAAUCCGGAAGUUUGUAGCCCCGCCCAACCCCGCCCUCCGCGCUGUUCUGAGCCGCCCUCCGACUCCUGGAGGCCAGUUCCACUUAGAGUAUCCCUGUUUUUCUAAGUUCUCCGUCUAAUAAAAAUUGCU